AUUUGUUGUAUAAUUGGAAUUAUCCGAGGGCUACGGAACUGGGAUCGUAAGCCCUGUUCAACCAUCUGGCCGAGCGUGCGUUCUCUGGCUUGAACCAGCCACGGAAAGUCAUAGCGUGUAAGCAGCGCAUCAUUGAUGACAUGGCGACUUCACUCGUCCAUGAACCCGCCAACGGCAUUGCUGGGGAGCGCGGGGACACCGAGGCGCCAUCCGUCCGAGCCACGACUCUCGAGAAAGUGCAGCCAGCCAGCACUACUCCUAAUGGCGACACGCACAGCUAUCCCAAGUCCAGGCUCACCUUGAUUGAUCGUUUCAUUGACGAACCUCGCUCGCUCAAGGUCGGCGUGAUUGGGGGUGGCCUCGCCGGCAUCCUAGCAGGGAUCCUGUUUCCUGCCAAGGUCCCAAACAUCGAGCUGACAAUCUACGAGAAGAACCACGAUUUCGGUGGUACCUGGCUGGAGAAUGUGUACCCCGGUGUCCGCUGCGAUAUCCCGUCGCACGUUUACCAAUCCACCUUUGAACCCAACCUUGACUGGUCCGACCAGUUCGCACCCGGCGCCGAGAUCAGGGACUACUGGCAGAAUGUAGCCCGCAAGUACGACGUGUACCGCUACGCCAAGUUCCAGCACCAGGUCGAGGAUGCCGCGUGGGACGGCGAGGAAGGCGUGUGGCGACUGAGCGUGCGCAACUUGCGCUCGGGCGACGUGACCGUCGAAAAUGUCGACGUGCUGUUCACUGCCAUUGGGAGGUUCAACGCCUGGAAGCUGCCGGACUACCCCGGCAUGUCCGAGUACAAGGGCCUGCUGACGCACGCCUCCAACUGGGACACCUCUUUCGACCCGCAGGGGAAGAAAGUCGCCGUCAUCGGCAACGGAGCUAGCGGCAUUCAACUGGUGGCCAACCUGCAGAAGGUGGUCGCGCGCCUUGACCACUAUGCGAGGAACAGGACGUGGAUAGCAGCAUCCUGGGCCGGCGACGAGCGGACCCUUGAGGCCCAGCCGAUAAGCAAGGAACAGCAGGAGUCGUUCAAGGAUCCGCAAACCUACCUGGCGUUCAGGAAGGAGCUGGAGGACAAAUACUGGCGGCGGUUCAGCAGCUUUUUCAAGGGCUCCGAACUGAACAACGAGCUGAGGGCCCAGUUCAUCGAAAUCAUGAGAAAGAGACUGGCGAAGAAGCCCGAGCUGCUGGACGACAUGAUCCCGGACUUCUCUCCAAACUGCCGCCGCCUCACGCCGGGGCCGGGAUAUCUCGAGGCACUGACGGAGGACAACGUGGACUACAUCCGGACGCCCAUCCGGCGCUUCACCGAGAGGGGCAUCGAAACCGCAGACGGCAAGAUCCGGGAGGUCGACGCCGUGUUCUGCGCGACGGGCGCGAACGUCGACCUGGUGCCGCCGUUCCCGAUCCGGGCCUGCGGGCGCGACCUGCGCGACCUGUGGCGGCCCGGCGGCGAGUUCGGGUUCCCACACACGUACCUCGGCCUGGCCACGCCGGGGUUCCCGAACCUGUUCUUCAUCCACGGGCCGCACGGGACGGGCCCGUCCGGCACGGUGCCGCACAGCGUCGAGGUCCAGCUCGCGUACUACGCCAAGGUGCUGCGCAAGGUGGGCCGCGAGGGCAUCAAGUCGCUGCAGCCGUCGGCGCGGGCGGCCGAGGAGUUCCUCGAGUACGCCGACGCGUUCUUCGCCACCACCGUGCUGGCCGACGGCUGCAGCUCGUGGUACAACGGCGGCCGGCCCGGGGGCCGCAUCCACGGCGUGUGGCCCGGCAGCGCCGGCCACGUCACCGCCGUGCGCAGGGAGCCGCGGUGGGAGGAUUUUGAGUACGAGUACCUCUCCGACUCGGGCAACAGGUUCGCCUGGUACUUUGGCAACGGCUGGACGAGGAAGGAGCAGGACCCCGACUCAGACAUGACCUCGUAUCUCAAGCUCCCCGGAGAGGUUGAUCUGAGGGACCUGCAUGAGUUGUGGUGGGAUUUGCCGUGACAUGUGCCAUUGGCGAGGACUGAAUCAGGAUCUACUUGCUUUACAAACGGGCAUGAACUCAGUUGGCCGCAGCAUGGAGGAUUGGACAAACGCUGAGCCUGUCCUAACUAAGUGAAGGGACCGUCUCUGGUUAUCUGAGAUUCUGAGGUUUUGAAUAUCAAUUCACCCGUUGACUUGGUCAUGGAAACGGCGAGAUGGAGUUACUAAAGUCCAGAAUGGAUAAGUGCCAUUACGUCCA